AUGAAUAAAAAUUAUGAGCUAUUCAAUACGCGACGAUUAAAGAUCAAAAAAGAUUUAUUUCCUAUAUUAGAUGUCAAAGAAAUUACAGAAUGUUUAACUGAAUUAGAUUUUAAUGUGACACAAGAAGCAAUAAUCAAGCCAACAUUUGAUUUUGUAGUUAAUUUAUUUGAACAAUUAUUAGAUACAUUCAUGGGCAUACCAAUAGGUACAAUACGAAAUAAGAGUAAAGAUUUGGUGAAAAAGGAAAUGCAUCAAGAUGAAAGAGAAGAAGAGCAAAAUGAAGAAGAAGAAAUUGAAGCUGAUACCUUGCGUGCAUUAAAUAUUUUAACCUUACAUAGAUAUUUAUAUCUGUUUCUUCAAUCUAUUGGAAUUUAUGAUUUAACAAUAAUGGAUAUAACUAAACCAGAAUCAAUUAGAUUAAAAAGGAUUCUUUCUGCUUUUAUAAAUUAUGCAAGAUUUAGAGAAGAACAAAGUUAUAAAUUUGAACAAUUGGCAAAAGUAUCAGAAUCAUUAUCGGAUAAAAUUAAAAUACUACAAUUUGAAAAUGAAUCAAGUAUAGCUAAAAUUGAAGAAUUGAAUAAAAAUUUACAAUAUGAUGAUAAAAAUCAAAAACGGGCAAACUUACAACAGGUUCAAAUAUAUAAUAAAAAAUUAGAAAUUAAAUUGACAGAAUUAAAAAUAAAUCAAGAACAACUAACAAAACAGCAUGAAGAUUAUAAAUUGGAAAAGACUAAUUUGAUUCAAAAAAUUUAUGAUUUGGAUUAUGUGUAUCAAGAGGUGGAAGAUGAGGUGGAUAAUUUAAAAAAAUAUUUAGAGACUGAUUUAACAUUAUUAAAUAAAAUAAUUAAUGAUUUAUCAGAUGAAUUUCAAUCAUUAAAUCAUCAAUUUCAAAUUUUAAACUCAAACUUUAAUAAUCUAGGUAUAACAAUUGAUUCGAUUCAAGUUAAUGAAAUUUCAAUAAAAGAUUUGAUUAAAUUUAGUCAAGAUCAACUAAAUAAUUUAACCUAUUUACAAAACGAGAAAUCUAAUAAUAAACAGCAACUUGAAAAUUCAAAGAAACUUAUUAAUCAAAGUAAAGAUUUACAAAAUCAGAUUUUACUAUAUAAAAAUCAAUUAAAUAAAUCAAAUAAAAAGUUAAAUGAUGUAACACAACAAUUGGAUAAAAAAGUUUCCUUGUUAAAGAACAAUUUAAAUGAAUCGACAAACUAUUUUAAUGAAAUUUUAAAAGAAAGAUCAAAUAGAAAUAUAGAUCAUAAGAAUCAAAUGGAUAAAAUAUCAUCUUUACAAAAUGAAACUGAAAUCUUGAAAAAUAAUUUUGAACUUGAAAUAAAAGAUAUGGACUCAAAGUUAAAAUCUUUGAAUGAGUUAUUAAACAGAUAUAUAAACGAAUUAGGAAAAGACUUGUAA